CCCUCGGUGGAUUGCGGCCUUAGGCCGCUCCGCCACGACACCAUGGCUUUUGACAGUAUGGCUCGUGACCACGAUAAGCGUGGGUCGACUGAAUCAGACACCAAGUCCACUCCUGCACCACAACCACAGCAACCGAUCGAUACAUGAACGUCAUCCAUCCAUCAAUGCAUUUGUGCGCAUGGACUCUUCUGCUGUGGUCAAUCGCUCACCGACUAGGGAUCUGAGGCUGUACAAAUGGCUGCAUAGUUCUCAGGGAUGUGAUCCUCCCGAUGCCGAUGUCGGGCCGCUCCGCAACGAACGCACCUGCCCCUCCGACCGCUCCAGCUGACGGUAGUGCAGUGCCCUGGCUCCUCAGUCAGGUGACCUGCCCGGCGACCACCCUCGCCCCCUCCACCUCCGCCGGCACGCCACGCAUGUCCAUGGUGCCCCUGCGGUGGACAGCGUCGCCCUCACCGGGCUGCUGCUGCUGGAGUGGUAGGGCCACCGAUCGUGUGGCGGCGGGCAUGGCAAAGUCGGGGCCGGUGACCUGCUCCUGGCGCGACGGACGGUGGAAGAGGGGAGUCUGUGCGCCAGAGGAGCUUGGUGGUGCUGGGCGUGCCGUUCACGGCACCUGAAGGCAUUCGUAAACACAUCGCACACACAGACAGACAGACAGACAGAUGCACCCGUCCAUUCAUCCAAGAUGCAGGUAGGUCCGUCUUUCUGUCUGUCUGUCUGCCUGUGCGUGCUGUGUUUCACUUACCGGGGAUGGAGUGGUGGCGAAGAAGGGCUGCCGUCCAGCCGAACUCUAAAGGCACGCACUCCCGGAGGAAUGACUUGCCGAUGAAGGCACGCACUCCCGAAGGAAUGACUUGCCCGAGCCAGCCAGACAGACAGCCAAUCGCCUCCACCUACACACACAGACACAGACACACACAAACAGAUACACACACAGACAGAGACACACAAGUAUGUGCACACGCGAGAUGAGCACAUUUUCGCGUACGGUCAUACGCGCCUACCUCCCGAAGCGCCAAAGAUGACCGACAUGUUGACUCCUCGAGUGUUUUCCGGGCGGAAGGCCGCGAAGAGGGGCCGGAAGCCGGUUGAGUGGAGCUGCACGUUGAUGCCGCGGCGGGACUUGCCUG